CUGCUGCUGUCCUGCUUUCUCUAGCGUGGUGGGCCAUGGUCUGCCAGGGCUAACCCUCUGUCCUCUCUCACCUGCCCUCCUAGCUGCCAGGCCAGAGCCACCAUGGAUGACUACGACAUCAGGUCGGCUGCCAGCAUCCUGGCCUCCGUCAAGGAACAGGAGGCCCGCUUCGAGCGGCUUACACGGGCCCUGGAGGAAGAAAGGCGAAAUGUCUCCCUGCAACUAGAGCGGGCCCACCAGCCCUGUGAGCAGCCUCGGGCCAGCACGUGCGCCAUUGGCAACGGGCAGCCCCUGGCUACCGCGUGGCAGCAGCUGGUCCUGCAGGAACAAAGUCCAGGCAAUCAAACAUCCCUGGCAAUGAUGCAGGAGCCCCAGGAGAUGGUCGAGGAGACGGUGACGGUGGAGGAAGACCCAGGCACGCCCACGUCCCACGUGUCCAUCGUCACGUCUGAGGAUGGGACCACCCGGAGGACAGAGACCAAGGUCACCAAGAUGGUGAAGACGGUGACCACGAGGACAGUGCGCCAGGUUCCCCUGGGGCCCGACGGGCUCCCGGUCCUGGAUGGCUCGUCCCCCCUGGGCAGCUACACGGACUCCAUCGACCGGCGAUACCUGAAGAACGGCGAACGCUACCUCCCGCCGCAGGCCUCCUCCACCCUGACGCGUUCCUACAACAGCUACGGGGAGGGCCCCGACGGGCCCUACCGCUCUUUCCACGCCCACGACGCCAGCGGCGGUUAUGGGGGCGCCGAGCUGCCCGACGGCUACGGCAGCCUGUCCCGCGGCAUCGGCUACCGGCCCCGCUACGCCUACGUCCCCGGGAACAGCUACCGGCCCGAGGACGGCAGCUACACCUUGCCGAGCCGGAGGGAGGCCUACGGGCCGCCUGGUGCCCAGCCCCAGGUGCCCCCCGUGGGCAGCGGCCCGGACCUCACCGUGAGCAGCCGCUCUCAGCCCGAGAGGUUCCAGCCUGAGCCUUACGGGCUCGAGGACGACAACAGGAGCCUGGGGGUGGAUGAUGAAGGCUACGAACUGGACCCGGACUACUCCACAGUGACCCGGAGGCUGCCUGCGGGGGUCCCCGAGAGGAGCCGGCCACACAAGGGCAGAGCCUACGAUGAACCAUCAGAGGGUGAGAUGAUUGAUGAGCGGAUCCCCUACAUCCAUGGGGGCUAUGCCGCCCCGCUAGCCCAACCCGAGAGGGGCAGCAUGGCCAGCAUCGACCGCCUGGGCAAGAGGUCACCCUCCAUUGACAGCAUCCGCAAGGACCCUCGGUGGCGGGACCCAGACCUGCCGGAGGUGAUUGCCAUGCUGAGCCACCCCAUCGACCCCGUCAAGUCCAACGCGGCUGCCUACCUGCAGCAUCUGUGCUACGAGAAUGACAAGAUCAAGAAGGAUGUGCGCCACCUGAAGGGCAUCGCCAUCCUGGUGGGGCUGCUGGACCACCCCAAGGCGGAGGUGCACCGGCGGGCCUGCGGGGCCCUGCGCAACAUCUCCUACGGCCGUGACCACGAGAACAAGGUGGCCAUCAAGGGCUGCGACGGCAUCCCCGCCCUCAUCCGGCUCCUGCGCAAGACCAGUGACAUGGAGGUGCGGGAGCUCAUCACUGGCACACUGUGGAACUUGUCUUCCUAUGAGCCUCUCAAGAUGGUCAUCAUCAACCAUGGCCUGCAGACCCUGACCAAUGAGGUGAUUGUCCCCCACUCAGGUUGGGAGAGCGAGCCCAAUGAGGACUCGAAGCCGCGGGACGCUGAGUGGACCACCGUGUUCAAGAACACGUCAGGAUGUCUCAGGAACGUGAGCUCAGAUGGGGCAGAAGCGCGCCGGCGGCUUCGGGAAUGUGACGGGCUGGUGGACGCCCUCCUUCACGCUCUGCAGUCAGCCAUCGGCAAGAAAGACACAGACAACAAGUCGGUGGAAAACUGUGUGUGCAUCAUGCGUAACCUGUCCUACCACGUGCACAAGGAGGUCCCGGGUGCUGACAAGUACCAGGAGCCCGAGGCCAGCCAGGCGGCCAGCACGGGGGCCCUGCCCCGGAGGAAGAAAGAUGAUGCUAGCUGUUUUGGGAGCAAGAAAGCCAAAGAGGAUUGGUUCAGUCAAGGAAAAAAGAACGGGGGCAUGGACAGGAACUUUGAUACCCUUGACUUACCCAAGAGAUCCGAGUCGGCCAAAGGCUUCGAACUGCUCUACCAGCCUGAGGUGGUGCGUCUCUACCUCUCCAUCCUCACCGAGAGCCAGAACUUCAACACCCUGGAGGCCGCGGCCGGGGCUCUGCAGAACCUCAGUGCUGGCACCUGGAUGUGGUCCACGUACAUCAGGGCCAUGGUGCGCAAGGAGCGGGGGCUGCCGGUGCUGGUGGAGCUUCUGCAGUCGGACUCGGACAAGGUGGUGCGGGCCGUGAGCAUCGCCCUGCGUAACCUCUCCAUGGACCGGCGCAACAAGGACCUCAUAGGGAGCUACGCGAUGGCCGAGCUGGUCCGGAAUCUGCCGAGCCGGCAGCAGCGCACAGCCAAAAACCUCGAGGAGGACACGGUGGUCGCCGUCCUCAAUACCAUCCACGAGAUCGUCACAGACAGUGCCGAGAAUGCCCGCUCCCUGGUGCAGACCCAGGGCAUCCAGAAGUUGGUGGGCAUCAGCAAGUCGAGCCAGUCCAUGCGGGAGAUGAAGGCGGCGUCCCAUGUCCUCCAGAUGGUCUGGAGCUACAAGGAGCUCCGGGGGGCUCUGCAGAAGGACGGCUGGAAUAAAUCUCAUUUCCAGACGGCGGCGUCUAGCGCUCCCAAGGGACCCAAGGGGACUCCAGGCAAGGCUGGCUAUGACGACAGCACCCUGCCUUUGGUGGAAAAGACCCACGAUAACGAGAGGUGCGGCAGCCGCGAUAUGAUCCCAAUGGAUGAACUCGGCCCAGAUGGCUACUCCACCAUCGACCACCGGGAACGGAAAUACCGAGCUGGGGACCCCUCAGGUGACGCCUCUGAGAAGGAGCCUUUGAAAAGGCAAUAGGAAGCCACUGGAUUUAUUCAGAAGGGGAUUCACACGAUCAGAUCCGGGCUUGAAGAACAUCACUUGGGCAGUAGCAUGUAGGACAGACUGGAGAGAGGAGAGACAUGAAACAAGGAGACCAUUUAAGAGGCCACUGCAAUAAUCCAAGCAAGGGGCGAUGCUUGUCUGAACCAAGAUGGCGGCCAUGGAGAGUGGCGACAAGGGCUGGGAUGUAACUAAUUAGACAAGAUGGGGAGAGGAGCCUGGGGAGCUCAGGGUAAGACCGAGACCAAAAGCCUGGGAGAAUGGCAAGACCUUUGACAGCUGUGGAGAUGUUUGGAAGAGAGCAGGCUUAGAGGGGCCGACAAUGAGUCGGUUCUGGUUCUGGUGAGUUCUAGAUGUCUCUGAGAAAUGAGGUGUGAAGUAUCCAGUAGCUAGGUGGCGAUGCAGAGCUAAAGCUCAGGGGACAGACUGGGGCUGGCUGUGGAGACCCGGGAGUCAUCGGCUUGGAGAUGAGAGUUAAACCUAUGAGAGCUGAUGAGAUUCCAGCCGAGGGAGGGGUGGGGGCCUAAGGAGGGAGAGAGACAAAAGAAAGAGAGAAGAGGAAACUGGGAACAUGCACGUUGGAUCGGCAGCGGCGUGGAGUGAUACCCAGUGACUCCAGUGUGCCGGGGAGGAAGAUGAAAGAUACAUUGGACAUAUGGCUCAGGUUUAAAAAAUGAGAAAGGACCAAAACUCAUUUUACAGAAAAGGAAACUGAGGUGGUGAAAAGCACUUAAAGAGAAUUGAUUCCUAACUAGUUAAUAGGAAUUAAUUUUUUGGGAGCUUUCACACAGGCAAGAAGCAGAUGAGGCUAGAUCUCACUGACUCUGAAGUCCAGCACUCUAUAAUACACCUAGCUGCCUGGGUCAUGAAUACCGUCUUCAACAAGAAAGUCAGAAGAUGCUGAACAUUCGACCUGAGAAAAAUGUGACAGUGCCUGCCCUCACCGAGCUUACAUUCUUUUAGAGGAAACCAUUGACCCUUCUGCACAGUUUACUUCAGAGAAGCUUGUAGUGCACAGCAGUGCUCAGGGGAGUCAUCUCUGAAUUGGGGAUCUGUGUGUCGUCAGCAGUGUUGUUGACCAUCGGCUGGUUAGAGCAGUGGUAAAAGUCAACGCCGAAUGAGAAAGAAGGCAACGCUCCGUCAACAACUCCCACUCUCUCCUCUUUGAAUAAGCUACUGGCUGAAAAAUGGGAAAGGGAUAAAAGUGAAGACGAGGAGUCCAUCCAUCAGCAUCUUAGAGGCGGUUAACUGAUGGCCAGCAGUCACCACCACGAGGAGCCCCGAAGAGCCCCCAGAACGCCUUAGCCAGCCGACUCAGGCCCUCCUUGCCAGUUGGACACAUGGUAGCCAAGGGGAAUGCCUAAGAUACAGACUUAUCUGUAAAAUAUGGAGGACUGAAGGCUUCCUCUAACAGAAGGGAAGCUCUUUGAGGGCAAGGACUGUUUAAUUUUUUUCCUUUGUUUCUCCAGCACCUCGAAUAGCAUUUGGCUCAUAGCGAGCACUUAAUAGGUGUUCGCUGAUCGCUGACAAAAGGUAAUGAAUAGUGUCGCCUCACAACACAGUGAAAGUCUGUGGAGGAGAAAAUUAGUGUGUGUGAUCUGCCCAAGCUGAGGGGCCUCCUGAGGGCAGGCAGGACUGGCAGGAAAAUCGGAAAUGGUCUAUAAUCAUCUGUUAUCAUCUGUGACAGUGGACCUGCCAAAUUUGGAGACCCUGUUCUGUUGAUCCAUGCGCUGCAGAGGAAGUAAGAAUAGACUGAAUGUUUAAGUUGGGAAGAAUGGCCAGACCCGACCAAAUUCAUCCACCCUUCCCCCUCUGCCAAAAAAAAAAUCCAUGCUGGAAAUGAUAUGAUAUUAAAAGUACUUAAAAGGAAUUAAUUCAUUCCUAAAUAAUUAAUUACAAGGAAUUAAUUUUCUGAGAAGAUGCUGAAAGAGAAAAAUUACAGAUAGUUACUUUAUCAGGGAUGCAAUAUGGUAGAGUGUAAAUCAAUCAAUGAGCAUUUAGUAAGCACCUACUGUGUGCUAGGCACUAUACUAGGCACCAGGGAUAAAAAUAUAAAAGAUGAAACAGUCAUUAUUUGAAAUCAGAGGACACGAGUUCAUAUCACACUCCCAAUACUUACUGCCUGUGUGUCUUUGGACAAGUUCUUUAACCUCUAUGGGCCUCAGUUUUCCCGGCUGCAAUGAGGAGAUUGGACUACAUGUUCUCUGAAAUUCCUUCGAAUCUUCAAUCUUAUUACAUCCUCCAUAAAAAAUGACCAAGAACAUGUAAGCCAACGUCACCCCGUAGCCUCCUUUCCCGCCUUUACAGAAUCUUAUGAGAAUGGUCUACACAGGUAUUGAAGGCAUCCUGGAUGAAAACAGAGAGAACAGGCAGGCUAUUACAGCCAGUUUUCUGCCACAAGUGACAUCAUUGUAGCCACACAAUUGACUGAAAGGUUCAGGGGAGACACAAUUCAGUGGCGUUUAUCGAUUUUGACUUGGAAAAGUUGGGUCUUCUCCAACAAAGCAUCUUUGGUGCACGGUCAAGAUCUAUAAUGAUCUUGAGAGUUAACCAUGCCCAACCAUUCUCUGAUGACCAGGGUCAGACAGACAGGGAAACAUACGCCCCAAGAAUGUUUUCCAUUGCUGCAGUGGAGGCUGCUCUGUGUAGAGUCUGAGGGGAAGAGGGGGCUCCUUGUGGAUGGUGAGGGACCAUAGGAGUGGAGGGAGAAAGGGAUAGAUGCAAGAGAUGACAGAGAUGGGCCUGAAAGAGCUUGGCAGCUCUUUGGGUGGGGUGCAGAAGGGGAGGUAGAAGGAAGCGUUUUUAACUAAAAAUGUAAAAAGUUUUUAACUUGGACAUUUCUAGCUUGGGUAACAUGGGCAAUGCCAAAAAUCAGGAAGCUGGGAGGAAGGGCAGAGAUGGGCAUCUCGAAUUGGAGAUGCAGUUGGGGUGUGGGAUGAUGAUGGAGAUCUGGAGGGUGGGGCUGGAGAGAGCUGGGACACAACCUCAGAGACAAGAUCAUGGAACCAACCCAGAAGAACUGAUGAGGUCGCCAAGGGAGAGACUUGUAGAGGCAGAAGAGGCCCAAGUGCAAAGCUUUGGGAGACGCCCCAACCUAGAUAUGCAAAGAGGAAGGUGGUCAGAUACAAAGAAGGAAGAGAGGGAGUGGUUAGGGCCUGCUCAGCAGUCAGGAGACCACCUGUGACCUUUGAAAGAGCAAUGGCCGAGCUCAAAGGCAGACUUUACCUAAUCGAGGAGUGAAUGGGUGAUGAGGCUAUGGAGGACAUAGGUGUAGACAACCCUCCAGAGAAGUUUUUCAGGAAAUGAGAUCUAGGAUGCUAGCUAAGGGAAGGUUUUCAAGGUUCACAAAGCCCCUUUCCAAGGCUUUGAUGUGAAGCAGCUCAUUGUGGUCACCCAUUGGGACAUGUAUCUGGGACAGACAUGAUAGAGACAUGACUUAGAGGUGAAGCGUGAGCCAGAUAGCACUUUCAGUGAUCCCAAGUUCCUCCCUGAUGCAAAAACCCAUCAUUCUCCAGUUGAUGUCACUUUACAGAUUUACAAAUUUAUACGUUACAAAUCUUCAAACCCUAAGAAUAAAGACUGUGGGUGAUCAGAAAGGGAAUGGGAGACAGGAGGUGAAGGCAGUGGAGCUGAGUGGGCAGUAGCCUGUCACCAAUGAUGACAGGCAGGCUAGAAGGGGCAUGAAAGAUGUCAUCCAGGACCCACGAAAACAGAGAAGGAGGUGGGACAAUCCCCCGGCAGAGAAAGGGCUAACAGAUGCCCAGCCGCGUCUGGAGAAUGGGUCUCUGAGCCACUAGCUGAAAGCCCAGGCCAGCAGAACCUACCAAGCUCCAGCCUGGCCCACCCUCUGAACCGGACACGGGCUAGUUGUGACGGAAUGGUCAGAGAGCUGCUUGGCGUACUGGGCUCAGCCAAUCUUGCUGCAGGGCCUCAGAGGCUCCGGGAUCUCCUUGAGUGGGGAAGGUCAGAGCCCAGCCACACCCUCCUGUUCUUCAUGGGCUUUUUCCGUGUCUUCCCAUAAAUCCCAUGACCCUUCCUGCAGUUGUACUUCAACUCGUUGGCAGCAUGGAGCAAAGGGCUUGGAGUCAGGAAGACCUGGGUUGGAAUUCUACCUCAGUAGCUCAGCUAGCCCUUAUAAAGAGCUUUAAGGUUUAUCAAUAUUGUGUCAUUUCAUCCUCACAAGAGCCUUGGGAGGGAGGGG